AUGAGCAACUGCUUUGGACCCAGUCAAAAUUGCCAACUCAUCGACGUUCUUAACUCGAAAGGUAACUCCAAACGCCCAAACGAAAAGAGUCAAAAUAGCCAGAACAGCCAAAACGACAACUCAUAUAUGGAAAAAAAAAAGACGGAAAAACUAAGCGAAAAGGAGACCCAUUCGCCUGAACAGGUCAGGCAAAAUGGAGAAAAAAAACGCACAAUUUAUGAACAGUCAGAAAAAAAAAAAAAAUUGUCAAAUGAUGAAGGAAUCCAAGUUUCAACGUGCGAAACAUUCAUUAAUGAAGAUAAUUAUACAACGUACGAGAAUUUGUCUGUUAAGGAGCUGAGUGAUGAAGAAGUCAUUUCGGAGAGUGAAUACAACAGGAAAAUUAAACAAUGUCAGAAUAAUAUACUUAUAAGCAAAGAAUUUUACGAUUUUCUCGUAAGCAACGAUGAUGACCAGACGAAUGAGAAGUGCACAAAGAAUGACGAGCGUUUUGAGGAACUCCUUCAGAGUGAGGCGAAUUGUGCGCCCGCCGCAUGCUCCACAAAGGUUUCGCACAAUGUGGACGAAUGGAUAAACAAAUUGUUAAAGUGCGAGUUGCUUCACAUGGAGGAAGUCAAGCUCAUGUGCACAUUGCUCAGGGACAUCCUCAAGGAGGAGCCCAACUGUGUGCAAGUUAACGCCCCCGUGACUGUUGCGGGGGACAUUCACGGACAGUUUUACGACCUCCUGGAACUGUUCCACAUAGGAGGAUUUCCACCGGACGUGAACUACCUUUUCCUGGGCGACUAUGUGGACAGGGGGUACUACUCAUGCGAAUGCUUCUGCCUGGUGGCCUGCCUGAAGAUAAAGUACCCGACCAGAGUGACUAUCCUAAGGGGAAACCACGAGAGCAGACAAAUAACCAAGGUUUACGGAUUUUACGAUGAGUGCAUAAGGAAAUAUAAUGGAGAUUACAACGCAUGGAGGUACAUAACAGACGCCUUUGACUAUCUGCCCCUCACAGCCAUCAUUAGCAACCAAAUUUUCUGUGAUCAUGGAGGAAUUUCUCCCUAUUUGCACACCAUUAAUCAAAUUAACGACUUAGAUCGUUUUAAAGAAAUUCCACAGGAUGGCCCCAUUUGUGAUUUGCUUUGGAGUGACCCUGCUGGACCCGAGGAUGGUAUCAUUGAAGGAUGGAAAGCAUCUCCCAGAGGUGCCGGUGUUGUAUUUAGCGAAGAGAGGACGAAUGCGUUUCUUCGACAAAAUAAGCUUAGUUGUAUAUGUAGGGCUCACCAACUGGUGCAGGACGGGUUCUUGUGGAUGCACAAUGAUAAGGUUGUCACCAUUUUUAGUGCUCCUAAUUAUUGUUAUAGAUGUGGCAAUUCUGCCUCUCUAAUGCUUGUAGAUGAAUACAUGGAGAAGGACUUUGUUACCUUUAACACCGCUCCCUUGAGAGCCAACGCCAAGGCUUUGAGAAGGAACGUGGGUUACAUGUUGUAA